AUGAUGUCGUUAAAUGGAAGCAGUUUUCUGAACAACUCGCUCUCGGGGGUAUCCAGAAGCUUAGCUCUAUCACAAAGAAGAAUCUCAGCUCCAGUGGUGGCGUCUGUGAGCUCAAACGGCCGACCUGGAGAUCGAAAUGUCAGCGUCUUGAUGGAGAAUACUCUCAAGGAGAUGAGAGAUGGUGCCUCAAUACUUGAUAAAGAUUCCAAAUCCACCGUCGGUGGUGGGGUUGAAGACGUGUACGGCGAGGAUAGUGCCACCGAAGAUCACCAUAUCACCCCUUGGAUGGUCUCUGUUGCUAGUGGGUAUUCAUUGUUGAGGGAUCCACACCACAACAAAGGGCUUGCCUUCAAUGAGAAAGAGAGGGAUGCCCACUACUUGCGUGGUCUUCUACCCCCGGUUGUUAUCAGUCAGGCGCUUCAGGUCAAGAAAUUGAUGCAUAACAUCCGCCAGUAUCAAGUACCAUUGCAAAAGUACAUGGCCAUGAUGGAUCUACAGGAGAAUAAUGAAAGGCUAUUCUACAAGCUUCUCAUUGAAAAUGUUGAGGAGCUGCUUCCAGUUGUCUACACUCCAACUGUUGGCGAGGCGUGCCAAAAAUAUGGGAGCAUCUUCAGGCGUCCUCAGGGUCUUUUUAUCAGUUUGAAAGAAAAGGGCAAAAUUCUUGAGGUACUGAAGAAUUGGCCUGAGAAGAAAAUUCAAGUAAUUGUUGUCACUGACGGGGAGCGGAUUUUGGGGCUUGGGGAUCUUGGCUGUCAGGGGAUGGGGAUUCCCGUAGGGAAGCUUUCCUUAUACACUGCACUUGGAGGAGUUCGUCCUUCAGCUUGCUUGCCUAUAACCAUUGACGUUGGAACAAACAAUGAGACGUUAUUAAAGGAUGAAUUCUACAUUGGGCUCAGGCAAAGGAGGGCAACUGGGCAGGAAUAUGCCGAACUUCUACAUGAAUUUAUGUCUGCUGUCAAGCAGAACUACGGGGAGAAAGUCCUCAUUCAGUUUGAAGACUUUGCAAAUCACAAUGCCUUUGAUCUCCUUGCAAAGUAUGGCACUACACAUCUCGUGUUCAAUGAUGACAUACAGGGGACAGCAUCUGUGGUUCUUGCAGGGCUUAUAGCAGCACUGAAGUUAGUUGGGGGAACCUUAGCUGAGCAUAGGUUUUUAUUCCUUGGAGCAGGAGAGGCUGGCACUGGUAUUGCAGAACUCAUAGCUCUUGAGAUUUCAAAACAGGCUGGCACUGGUAUUGCAGAACUCAUAGCUCUUGAGAUUUCAAAACAGACUGGAGCCCCAUUGGAAGAGACUCGCAAGAAGAUUUGGCUCGUGGACUCAAAGGGUUUGAUUGUUAGCUCGCGCAGGGAAUCACUUCAACAUUUCAAGAAACCUUGGGCCCAUGAACAUGAACCUGUAAAAGAUCUUGUAGAUGCUGUUAAGGCAAUCAAGCCAACAGUGUUAAUAGGAUCAUCAGGAGCAGGAAGAACAUUUACCAAAGAAGUGAUCGAGUCUAUGGCAUCCUUCAAUGAGAAACCCAUUAUUCUUGCUCUCUCCAAUCCCACUUCACAAUCUGAAUGCACUGCCGAAGAAGCUUAUACUUGGAGUGAGGGUCGUGCCAUUUUUGCUAGUGGGAGCCCAUUCGCCCCUGUUGAAUUCAAGGGGAAGGUCUAUGUUUCUGGCCAGUCAAAUAAUGCCUACAUUUUUCCCGGAUUUGGUCUGGGUCUGAUAAUCUCCGGUGCAAUCCGUGUUCAUGAUGACAUGCUGUUGGCAGCCUCGGAAACUCUAGCUGCGGAGGUUACACAGGAGAACUUUGACAAUGGACUCAUAUACCCACCUUUUACUAACAUCAGAAAGAUCUCUGCCCAUAUUGCUGCUAAAGUGGCAGCCAAAGCAUAUGAACUUGGUUUGGCCACUCGUCUACCCCAACCAGAAGAUCUGGUAGCCUAUGCUGAGAGCUGCAUGUACAGCCCCAGUUAUCGAACCUACCGGUAA